UCUUCCUAUUCCCAUCUCUCUCUGCAUUUCUCGAUCUGAUUCCUGUGCGCAAUCGGCAGCGCGCGGAUUCCAGUGGUGCUCCUCCACGCCUCGCCGCUGCAUCUCCACCCAUGGCGACCGCCGCCGCCGCCGACGACCUGGACCUCCUCCUCUCCCUUGACGCGGACGGCGGCGAGGCCGUCCUCGAGACCCCUCCCUCCUCCCCGCGCCGCGACGCCGCCACCGCCGCGGCCUUCACCCCUCCCAGGGCGGUGCGCCCCGGCGGCACCGACAUGUCCGUGUUCCGUGACGCCGUCAAGGACUACCUCGACGCCACCCCCGCCGCCGUCGCAACCUCUCUCCCCAAGGGGAAGAGGCCCCCCAAGUCCACCGAGACCAUCGUCGACGCCCACUCCGGCCUCCGCAUCAGGAGCCUGACGGCGUCGCCGCUCGAGAUCACCAACCGCUUCGCCGACAUUCGGUUCGUCCGCAUCUCCGCCAUCAGGAACCUCGCCGGGGGCGACAGCUUCUCCGGCUGCUGGGCGACGGCGGGGGUGGUGCUCGACAAGGGCGCGCCGCGGGUGAGCGCGCAGGGGAAGGAGUACAGCAUCUGGAAGAUGGGCGCGCUCGACGACGCCGACGUGUCGGUGUUCCUCUUCGGGGACGCCCACGCGCACCACUCCGGCGCCGCCGUCGGCGCCGUGUUCGCGCUGUUCAACGGCAAUGUCCGCAUGGACAACGGGGGGAGAGGGUUCUCGGUGAGCGUCGCCUCCGUAGGGCAGAUGAUGAAGAUGGGAGUCUCCGCGGAUUUCGGGAUCUGCAAGGGGAAGAGGAAAGAUGGGAUGGGCUGCACCAUGGCCAUAAACAAGCGUAAAGGAUCAUACUGCAAAUUUCAUUCAUCGAAAUCCUCACAGAAGUACUCUACUGGCAGGGUAGAGCUUAAGGGCGGAAACUUCAAAUUUGCUUCAAAACUUCGUUCAGAAGGGAUUUACAUGGUCAAUCCCCUAGAACGAUCCAAUUCAAGAAACCCAUUACAACCAGUAAAAGUGAUGUCAAUAGAUGGGUUAAAAAGGGCUUUGAGUAAUGCAGAUAGAGUGACUGCUAAGAGCCAGUCACAGGGUAUAAGGUUCCUUUCCCAUGUUACAGGUAAUAUAGAAUCAAAUUUGUCCAGCAAUGGUUCCACCAAUCCACAGACAUCAAGGUUCAGCUCAAACAAAAGGUCCACAUCUUGUAGCACCAAAUCAAUGCCCAAACCGGGAUUACAAAAGCAAGAGCAAGAUAACAAGAAAAUGAAGAUGACAUGCCCUCCAAAGAAAACGAUUGAGCUUGAUGACGUCAGCUCGGACGAUGAGAUCAGUAUAGUGCUAAGACGCUGAUAGCGUAGUUUCAUUGCCCUCCAAAGAAAACAAUUGAGCUUGAUGAUGUCAGCUCGGACGAUGCGAUCAGAAUAGUUGCUGAGACGCUGAUAGCGUAGUUUCACUGCCGAGUGGUAUACAGUGGAUCACACUGGCUGUACAUGUAGUCAAGCAACAAAUUAUUAAACAUAGGCAUUUUGUAAGGUCCUUGUAGAACCAUGUGAUGCAGCCAGCAGCCAUCUUUCUCAACAUGGAGACAUGGUUUUACUGAAUAUUUGUGUACAAUUGUUUGAGAAGGAAUCAUCUGAAAGCUCUUGUCAAUACAAUUUUGUACAA